AUGAAUGUCGACCUUCUUCCAGAAAUAUGCUUGGAGAUCUCAGGCUGGUUGGCCCCAAGCGACGUAGCGAGACUGAGCCAAUGCAGCAAGGAAUUCCACCGCAAAUGGGAGCCCAUCCUGCUUUUCACCUUGGCCUCCCGACAAAAAUUGAUGUUCUAUGGCUGCUCUCGCGGAGAGGGAUGGGCAGUUGACAAAGCCAUGUCGUACGGGCACUUCCCCUGCUACGAGGACCUGGAGACCGCAAUCCAAUACAUCCUUCGGUACGACGCGGCGCCUUUCGCCGAGUAUUUACUCUCUCGAGAACCUUUUCGGCAAUUGCUGGCCGUGUUCGAUCCAUUGCAGGGGCCAAAAUACAAGCGCAUGCUGCAGUACAGAUACUCGACACGCGUGCCAAUGUUUGCUGCCGCGAUGCGCAUGGCCGAGUCUGGAGAGACGGGCAUCGUAGAUAUGCUCUUGACGACUCGACUAGACAUCAAUCAACCACUCACUGUGGCCCUCGAGUCCCUCGAGGAGUCCGUGGAGGGACGCUGCAUGGUCAGCCCCGUGUGGGCCUACGUGCUUGCGGACUUCCCCCCGAGGAAGCAGAAAGGACCCUUUUCUGCUUCAGAGGGUCUCCAAUACCUGUUUCACCACGGUGCUGUCAUCCAAACAACGACGCAGGCCCCCGUUACAUCCGAACGGCCUCCCCAUUCGCUGCUCGAGUUGUUUUGGACCAAGAACAACGGCUUCGGGUCGCUGCUGAACGAGGAUUUAUAUGCCAUGACGAGAAUCCUCAUCCGCAAGCAAGCAGCAAGAGGUGCUGUGCCUGCCUUCCUCCUCUGGAGAGACAGUAUAUUGGGGUUGAACCCGGGACCUCUAUUCCAGCGAAUGGUCCCACACACGCGACUUAAACCCUCCUUGGAGCAGAAGCAGACCAUCAUACGCCGCUGGAGCGCCAUCUUGGACAUUCUCCUCACGCCAAGAAAUUUCGAGCUUGCUUUCCAGGAAGAGCUGAACUACCUGCUGUUCCUCUUUCUGAUGCGCGUCAUGAAAAAGCUUGCCAGUCAAGACUUUCGGGAAGCCUUCAACAAUGGCCCUGAUAUGUCAUUCAUGUCCACACCUUUAGACAUUUUCAUUCCAGCUCCCGGUCUAGACGAUGAGCUGGAUCCUGUCACCAUCAGGAAGCUCAUCGAGAAGGGCGCAGAGAUCAGAUGGCGGCCGACAUGGGGCGAGUACAGGGGUCAGUCCAUCCUGGAGGCCAUAGCCGUCGCUCAGACCCAGGGCCUGGGCCAGGACUCCCUCCUGGCAAUUGUGCGGCCGUCCCGGCAGCAGUCGUUUGUGAGCACCCUGCUCAGCCUCGGUGCUGAGCGCGUCGACACGGGUACGCCGAAUCUGCGGGGGCGGCUGGGCAUGAGGGGCCACCCCAGAGCGUGGUUCCGUUUUGUGCAGCAAACAGUUCAGGAGGAGCGCGCUCUGCUGUGGUGCCCAACUGCCGCUUUCUUGCUUGGCUACCGCCCUCCAGCGAGGCGCUCGGAUGAAGCGGAGGAGGGUGUGGUCGCGGGAUAG